AUGGCUGCUACUGCCACUGUCUUACUGAUGGCGAGCAAGCACAAAGCCGACUCCUCGUCUUCUCCAGAAGACGCGAAUACGCACAUCGACCGCAACUCUGUCAUCGCAUUGUCAGUUUUUCUCUUCCUGGUCCUUGUAGCCAUCGCAUGGUACCUGCGCCUCCACUAUACGCACAAGCGACAAGCAGACUUAGAGCAGCAGUCGCGAUCCGCACAAGGUCGUCUCGAUCCAACAAUAGAGAGGGUUACAUGGAGCAGACAAUGCAAUUCUUAUGGUGAGGAGAUUGGCAGAUAG